GUUUGUUAUUCUGUGGUGUACUGGUCUGUGGUAGUUUAACCUCAAUGUCGUCAAUAAUAUAAAUAAAUAAUCAAGAGGAGGUAAUUAUCCUUAUAACUGGUUUUAGCAAAAUAUGUUAUGGAUCCUGAAGAAAAUUUACAUCGAUUAGAAGGUAGUUCUUCAACAAAAGGUGGAUUAAUAGUUAAGAAAAAACCUCAUGUAUUUAAGGUACCCCAAGUAUCCCUUUUUGGUUUAGAUAAACUUGCAGCCCAAAAAAGGAGAGAAAGGGAAGCAGCAAAUAAAAUAUCCUUUGAUAUCAACGAACCAGAAUUAAAUGAAAUUGAAGAAAGUCAUAAACCUGAGAAAAGUGGAAAUAAAAGAAAGUUUAGAGAACCACAAGAAGAAACACCAACAUAUACUGGGGGAAUUAGCAAAGAAGCUAGAGAACGACUAAGGGAAAGAAUAAGUCAUAACUUAUCAAAAGGAGUAUAUGCUACAACUAAAAAAGAUUCUAAUAAUUAUGAGAAUACAAGACAAGAAGAUAAAUAUAAAGGAAAAUCAGAAAGAGGGAAAUGGAGUGAACAUUCUGACAAAGGAAAGUCUCCUCGAUUUAAAGAUGAACCAAAGACUCCAAAUUUGUAUUUGAAGGAAAGUACCUCAAAAACAUCUUGGGAUGAAGAUGAUUAUGUUCCCAUAAGGAAGUCUGAUUGGGAUUACCCUACUCCCUCCUUACAUAAAUCUAAAAGUGGAGAGUGGUCCGCUAGAAGUAACAAAUCAUCUAAACCUAAUAGAGGUGAAAAAUCUGUUAAGCUUGAAAAUGAAACUCCCAGACCUACUCCUGCCCACAGAUAUAAUGCUUGGGUCAAAGAUAGAAAAAGAACAGGUGCAACACCUAGGGAAAAUGAGAAAGAAAAAGUAAAAUGGGAUAACACUGUUGACAGGGAGAAUUGGGAAGAAGAACAAAAAAGGUUGGAUCGUGAAUGGUAUAAUAUGGAUGAGGGAUAUGAUGAUGAGAAUAAUCCAUUUGCUAAUGUAAGUGAUGAAUAUACAAAGAAAAAGGAGGAACAGUUAGAGCAGAGAAAGAAGAAAAGAUUGUCAGCUCAACAAAGACAGAUAAAUAAGGACAAUGAACUUUGGGAAAGGAAUAGAAUGCUAACUUCAGGAGUUGUCCAUUCUGUUGACCUUAAUGAAGACUUCGAUGAAGAAUCAAUUGAUAGAGUUCAUCUCUUGGUUCAUAACAUAGUACCUCCUUUCCUCGAUGGGAGAAUAGUAUUCACUAAACAACCAGAGCCAGUCAUUCCUGUAAGAGAUCCUACUUCUGAUAUGGCCUUAGUUGCACGAAAAGGAUCUCAUCUUGUUAGGGUUUACAGAGAACAAAAAGAAAGAAGAAAAGCACAAAAGAAACAUUGGGAGUUAGGAGGAACCAAAAUUGGUAAUAUUAUGGGAAUAAAAAAAACUGAGGAUGAAGAAGAUAAGAAAUAUAACAAGGAGGAUGAUAGUACUGAUUAUAAGGCAGAUCAUAAGUUUGCAGAGCACAUGAAAGAUACAGGAGCCGCUAGCAGUGAUUUUGCUAGAAAGAAGACUAUACUGGAGCAAAGACGAUACUUACCUGCUUUUGCAGUAAGACAAGAACUUCUUAACAUCAUCCGAGAAAAUUCAGUUGUGAUAAUAGUCGGUGAAACUGGUAGUGGAAAGACUACACAAUUGACUCAGUACUUACACGAAGAAGGCUACAGCAAGUAUGGAAUGAUCGGGUGUACGCAGCCGCGAAGAGUGGCAGCUAUGUCUGUCGCAAAGAGAGUUAGUGAUGAAAUGGGAACUCAUUUAGGCGACGAGGUGGGCUACGCCAUUCGUUUCGAAGACUGCACUUCUGAAAAGACUGUCAUAAAAUAUAUGACCGACGGUAUACUUUUAAGGGAAAGUUUACGUGAAUCAGAUUUAGACCACUACAGUGCUAUAAUUAUGGAUGAAGCUCACGAACGAUCAUUAAGUACUGACGUACUAUUUGGUUUGUUGAGGGAGAUAGUAGCCAGACGUCAUGAUCUCAAAUUAAUUGUUACUUCGGCUACAAUGGACAGUAGUAAAUUUUCUAUGUUUUUUGGAAAUGUUCCAACAUUUACAAUACCAGGUCGUACCUUUCCUGUAGAAACAUUAUUUAGCAAGAAUCCUGUAGAAGAGCUACGUAGACGCUGCUGUGAAACAAGCUUUACAAAUCCACCUUCAACCCCCCUCAGGAGAUAUUCUCAUAUUCAUGCCAGGUCAAGAGGAUAUCGAAGUAUCGUGUGAAGUCCUUGCCGAAAGAUUGGCAGAAAUAGACAAUGCUCCGGAUUUAUCUAUUUUACCUAUUUAUUCUCAGUUGCAUCUGAUUUACAGGCAAAAUUUCCAAAAGUCUGCAGAAGGAAAUAGGAAGUGUGUAGUCGCCACUAAUAUAGCAGAAACGUCGACUUACCGUUGACGGAAUUAUUUUCGUUAUUGAUUCUGGGUAUUGCAAACUGAAGGUGUAUAAUCCUCGUAUUGGUAUGGAUGCUUUACAGAUUUAUUCAAUCACUCAGGCAAAUGCCAACCAACGUUCGGGAAGAGCAGGCCGUAAGGGACCGGGACAAGCCUUUCGGUUAUAUACAGAGUGUCAAUAUAAAGACGAGCUGUUAAUUACAGCAGUUCCAGAAAUUCAACGGACGAACUUAGCCAAUACUGUAUUAUUAUUAAAAUCUCUAGGCGUUCAGGAUCUCCUACAGUUUCACUUUAUGGAUACGCCACCACAAGAUAAUAUUUUGAAUUCUUUAUAUCAGUUAUGGAUAUUAGGAGCCCUUGAUCACACCGAAGUUUUGACUAAAUUAGGUAGACAAAUGGCAGAAUUUCCUCUGGAUCCCCCGCAAUGUCAGAUGUUAAUUGUUUCGUCACAAAUGGGUUGUACAGCCGAAAUACUUAUUGUAGUUUCCAUGUUAUCAGUACCUUCGAUAUUUUACCGUCCUAAAGGAAGGGAAGAAGAAGCAGAUAGUGUUAGAGAAAAAUUUCAAGUACCUGAAAGCGAUCACUUAACUUUCCUCAACGUUUACAACCAAUGGAAGCAAAAUAAUUAUUCCUCGCAUUGGUGCAAUGAACAUUUCAUUCACGUAAAAGCGAUGCGAAAAGUCAGAGAAGUGAGACAACAGUUAAAAGAUAUAGUAAUUCAGCAAAAGCUAGAGAUGAGGACAGGAAUGCCCUGUCACUUACAUCCUACCUCAGCAUUAUUCGGUUUAGGUAAUACUCCCGACUAUGUAGUUUACCACGAGUUGGUGAUGACUGCCCGAGAAUACAUGCAGUGCGUGACAGCGGUUGAUGGACACUGGUUGGCUGAGCUUGGUCCAAUGUUCUUUUCUCUAAAAGAGACUGGAAAAUCGGGGCGAGCUAAGAAAAAACAAGCAGCAGAACACUUAUUGGAAAUGGAGAAUCAGAUGCAAGUGGCACAAGAAGAAAUGAAAGCACGAAAAGAAGCGGCAGAGAAGAAGGUGGCGGCGAUGAACAAAGGCCAAGAAAUUGUUACUGCUGGGGCUACCCCAAGACGAACACCUUCGAGAUUUGGUUUGUAA